GGUUAUGCUGCCAUUUUGAAACGGCAGUGCUUUUUGUUCGUGUGGAGCGGUUGCUCGCUGUGAAGAGUAAUUGUGAUUUAGCCAAUUAGUUUUAUUUUUUAAUAAUCGAACUCUUUCAAAAUGAGCUGGCAAGAUUAUGUAGAUAAACAGUUAAUGGCAUCGAGAUGUGUAACAAAAGCAGCGAUUGCCGGUCACGAUGGCAAUGUCUGGGCCAAGUCAGAAGCCUUCGAAAUAUCAAAAGAUGAGGUUGCAAAAAUAGUGGCCGGUUUUGACAAUGAAUCACUCCUAACGAGCGGCGGCGUGACGAUAGCUGGCUCGCGGUACAUCUACCUCAGUGGCACAGACCGCAUCAUACGCGCAAAACUCGGCAAGGUCGGCGUACACUGCAUGAAGACACAGCAAGCCGUCGUAAUUUCGCUUUAUGAAGAGCCCAUCCAACCCCAGCAAGCCGCAUCUGUAGUUGAGAAGUUAGGAGAAUAUUUAAUUACCUGUGGUUAUUAGAGAUCAAACGCGCCGUGAUCUAAGAAUACUAUAAGAUAAUAUUUUUUCCACAGGGAAAUAAGUAACUGCAUUUUGUAUAUUCUAUGAAGUGAUAAGGAACGUUCAUUUGUUUUGAUAAUUGAUAAAUUAUGGCGGCAUCAGUGUCUGAUGCGUUUAGUAACUGUGUGCAGAUACAAUUACUUUGCGGAUUCUGGACUCUUUUUAUACGCUCACCGCUUCCACAGAGUAAUUGAUACUGCAAAUGGAUUAAAUUUGUAUUUUAAAAUUUUGCUUUCAUCGACCAGUAAAGCAUAAUCCAGCUUUGCAAGCGGGUCCCAAAGUAUGAUGUAUAGAGAUUUUUUUUAGAUUUUCUUUUCAAGCAUCCUAAAUCGAAUACUUGUCACCGUGCGUAUUGCAAAACGACAAUGCUAUUGUGAAAAAUAUUCUACCUAUCGUCAGAAACAUCUAGACGAGUUUGCCCGCAUACAGAUGCCUGACAAGAAAUUAUAAUAACCGUGUAAUGAAAUUACUGUAACAAUAUUAUACAAGUAUAUAUAUAUUAUAUAAAUAUAUAUAAUUACGAAUAAGCAUUUGUGUAAGGGCUUGUUAUGAAUGAAAGACACUGUAACCCAAGUAUUACAAUUUUAAUUAAAAAUCUCUAGUCCCACUGGAACCAUCGUGUGUGUAAUAAUCAAUACAUCAUUGUGAGGCAAUCGGUAUGGCGGUGGGCUCCCGGUGCCGGCGCAUGGCCCGCGCCCACCGGGCCCACACGUUCCCUCAUUACAAAUUUCUGCUAUGCUUUUUUUUAUUGCAUCGCAUUUAUAAUAUAUUGUAGUGAACAAUAAACAUUUGCAUUCUGUUUUAUAUCAAUUAGCUGCAUAAACUAGAAGCGCUCAAUUACCCUGUAUUACCCUCAAACAAGGCUUGCAGUAAACGAAGGGUGCAUAUUGUUUAUAUUUUGAUAUUACUACUAUAGCUUUGUACAUUGUUUCUGAUAAGCGAUGGGAACUGUGUCUAUCUAAUAAUAAAAUGAUUUGUAUUAUAGAAA